CUGUGGUUGAGCCGGCCAACGUUGUUGUUCUGUUGUUGCACUUUGGAACUUUGACUAAUAAUUUUUCAAAGGCAAGUUAGUUAUUACAAUCAUGGCGGAUAGCGAUGAAGAACCAACUACUCAAGACGAAACCGUUGUUACAAAAUACAGAACUGUCGGCACAGUUGUGAAUAAAGUACUUGAAGCUGUUGUCAAAAAAUGUGAAGUUGGAGCGUCUGUAAGAGCUGUCUGUGAGUUUGGAGAUCAGAAGAUCAAGGAAGAGUUAGCGCCAUGUAUGAAACGGGAUAAGCAGAUUAAAAAAGGUGUUGCUUUUCCAACCUGUAUAUCUGUGAACAACUGUAUUUGUCAUUUCUCUCCACUCGCAAGCGAACCGGAUUAUGUUUUAAAAGAUGAAGAUGUUGUGAAAGUAGAUUUGGGAGCUCAUUUAGAUGGUUUUAUCGCAGUUGUAGCCCAUACCAUAGUUGUUGGAGCUAGCAAUGAGAAAAAGAUCACUGGUAAAAAAGCAAAAGCCAUCCUUGCUGCUCACUAUGCAUCAGAGGUGGCUCUCAGGCUUUUACGGCCCGACAAUGAGACGUAUAAAAUCACUGACGCAAUACAAAAAGUUAGUUCAAUUUACGGAUGCAAACCCAUUGAAGGAAUGCUUAGUCAUCAGUUGAAGCAGAACCGUAUCGAUGGUGAGAAAACAAUCAUCCAAAAUCCAAAUCAUAUGCAGAAGAAAGACCAUGAGAAAUUCACGUUUGAACCAUAUGAAGUCUAUGCCAUGGAUGUGUUAAUCAGUUCCGGAGAGGGUGUGGGAAGAGAACAAGAUACAAGAGUAUCAAUCUACAAGCGGACAGAAGAAACGUACAUGUUGAAAUUGCAAACGUCCAAAAAAUUUUUAUCAGAGGUGACCAACAAAUACGCCAAUAUGCCGUUCAACCUUCGCUACUUUGAAGAUGAGAAAAGAGCGAAAAUGGGAGUAAAUGAAUGCGUGAAUCAUAAAUUAGUUGAGCCUUUCCAAGUCCUCUAUGAAAAGCCAAGUGAGUUCGUGGCUCAGUUUAAGUUCACUGCCCUUGUUAUGCCAAAUCGCACGAUAAAAAUCACCGGGUUGCCUUUUGAGGAAAGUAUUUAUGAAUGUGAAACUGUAAUUGAAGAUCCUGAAAUUAAGGCCCUCCUAGAAACGGAAGUGGACACAAAGAAGAAAAAGAAAAAACCAGGUCAAGCCAAGGCAAUGGAAGUGGAUGGUGAGAAUAAAGCAUCUGGAGAGACUAAAAUGGAAGUUGACGCUAGCGCUUGAGCGCCCAAGAUUGAUAAUCUCGAACUGGUAUUCGCUGGAACAGUUCACCACUCACUUCUUGUUACACCCCUGUCAUCUCCGUUGUUUUCCCCCCGUACUAUUAUUUUUUAUUUUUUAUACAGCUAGUUUCAUACGAAGUUUUUAAUUUCCAUCUCAUUUAGUUACUUUUGCAUUCUUUUUAUGUAAAAAACUAAAUCACCUGUUCAAUAAACCUAUUUAUCAAUCUGUGUAA